CCCCACCUUCAGUUCGAGGUCGGUACAGAAGCAAUCUCGCAGUCGUGUUACCUAAGUGUUUUCCUGAACGCAGGGCACACAAAAACAAUCCGCAACGUCACAAGGAAACGUUCUGCUCAACGUGACUUGUUAUGAAGAGUAAGUGCAUUGUUAUAACUGUGUAGGAAAGUGUCAAUAUGAAGAAAGUGUCCCUGAGAAAGCAAUCACCAGCAUGGCUUGUCCUGUCUGGGAUGGUCAUCUUCGUGCUUGGAGCGGUGCUGGGAUGGUACGGCUUCCCGGCGCUAGUGAGGAGUCAAAUUGCCUCAAGCCUGGAGCUGAAAGAAGGUUCUGAGAGAAGGGAAAUUUGGGAAAAGGCACCUUAUCCGAUGGAUUUCAAGAUCUACUUGUUCAAUGUAACAUACCUCAUGGAAGUUCAGAAGGGGGCGACACCCGUUGUCCAGGAGGUGGGACCCUAUUGUUACAGUGAAGAUAAAGAGAAGGUGAAUAUUGUGGAUCACGAAGAUGAUGACACCGUUUCCUUCAACCUCAAGGACACGUGGCAUUUCAACCAGAGUGAAUCUGGCAACCUGACUGGUGACGAAAUUGUCACGAUUCCGCAUGUGCUCCUCUUGGGAAUGGUACUGACAGCACAACUGGAGCAGCCAAUAGGCCUCAAGCUCAUCAACAUGGCCAUCCCACACAUCUUCGACAACCCCACGUCUGUCUUCGUCACGGCUUCAGCAAAAGAUCUACUUUUCGAUGGUGUUCAAUUCAACUGCACAGCCAGUGACUUCUCUACCAAAGCCGUCUGUUCAGAAUUAAAAAAGAGAGCUCAUAAUUUCCACAGAGUCAGCGAAGAUAUCUUCAAGAUUUCCAUUUUCGGAUCUAAAAACGGGACUGUGAGAGAGAGGCUUCGAGUGAAACGAGGAAUAGAAAAUAUUACGGAGUUGGGGCGGGUCGUGGAAUUCAAGGACCAGAGACUGCAGAAUGCCUGGGACGGCGAUAAAUGCAAUGAACUAAGAGGAACAGACUCCACGAUAUUUCCUCCCUUCCUCACGAAGAAAGAUAAGAUUGAAGGAUUCCUCGCAGAUCUGUGCAGGGCUGCAGUAGCUGAGUACCAGUAUGCCACGACGUACAGUGGGAUCCGGUCAUACAAAUACAGCGGCCACUUCGGCGACAUCUCGGCUGACCCGGACCUCAAGUGCCACUGCACUACCCCAUCUACUUGUCUCAAGAGAGGGGUUCACGACAUCUCGCGCUGCACAGGAUAUCCCAUCGCCGUUUCGCUGCCUCACUUCUAUCUCGCUGACGACGAAUACCUGGACGGUGUUGUUGGCUUGAACCCUACACAGGAGAAGCACGAGGUCACUUUGCUCUUCGAACCGCUGACGGCUACACCGCUCGAGGCCUACAAGAGACUUCAACUGAACAUUGCUCUACAUCGCACUGACGGCAUCGACCUUCUUAAGAAUGUCAAAUCAACGCUUCUCCCCAUCUUGUGGAUGCAGGAGAAUAUGGAGCUUCAUCAGGAAUACGUAAAUAAGAUCUUGGAUCUGUUCCUCAUCAUCAGCAUCAUGGGAGCCAUGAAGUGGAUUAUGAUAGCCUCCGGAGGAAUCCUAACUGCCACUGGCUUCUUCUUCAUUAUGCAUAAGAAGAAUGACGGGACAGUGAUCACAGGUUCCCCGCCCAUAGCCCUCAAAUCUACAGGGAAACCGGCCACUGAAAAAUAGUGCUUGAGUGAACAUGACGUUGUGAUACCACUAAUCGUGAUUCUUUCAACAGUUGUAGUCCGUGGCUGUUACACCUACAGGAACACAACGAUCCAUCGCACUACCGUUUAGCACCGUCCGUCUCAGAACAGCCUUGUCCGAGAGUCACGUAUUGGCCAGACACGUUGCAAGUUGUAUGAUUAGCUUACGGGUUCUGUUGCACUAGCAUGAUGAUUCCAGCUGCACAGCGUACUAAUGUAAAGUGUGAUCGCUUGGAUCUUCUGAUGAUACGGUUCGCCAUCUGAAGCUACGAGGUUUGUCAACAACAGGACAUUCUUCAGACCGCUCUGCAGGUUCCUUCGUCACAGACAGGCAGUGUCAGGGAUCAUCAAAUACCGGUAGAACCAUAGUCUGUGACACUUAUUUUAGCUGUCGUAUGUGUAUUUCAAUGCUGCCCGAAUUUCUUAAGGGACAGGAGGAAUAUAUGAGUAUUUGUUGCAAUUCGUUUCGUGGAGCCUAGCUGAAUACCGUAAUUACUGAAGUAUUGCGCGUGCGUGGAGAGUCCGGUGUAGGACAAAUUUAUCUACAGCAAUCCAAUCAGGCUGAUCACUGAACUCUUGUGUUUGUUUUGAUUUUUGUAUGGACAAGAGCCAUGAGACCAUAAGGAAAGGUUUAAUCCCUUAGAGAGAAGUCUGUCGGGAAAUAUCUCUGGUUUCUCAGUUAAAACAUGGAUGUCCUUUUUUUUUGUAUAAUCAAUAAAAUACCCAAUAUUAUGUGUCAAUAUGUACCUUCUGACAGUGAAUUUAGCUAAUGCCUGACAGCUCAAUCAAGGCAGGCACAAAUGUUUUCGAGUAUGAUUGCACCUGGUCGACACAUAAUAUCAGGAUUACAUUUAAUAAUAUUCCAAGUGGCUAUUUCAACAUAUGCUUCCCUGUCCGCUUAAAGAUAUGAGCAUGAAACUUCUGUAUGUAGUAUCAAAUUUUGAAAAUAGAUCAGAAAUACCUCUUUAAAGCACUUGCCUCUA